AUGAUUCCCGACGGUGAUGUGCUCAUUCAUGCAGGAGAUUUUACAAAUUACGGUGAUCUUGGAGAAGUCAUCAAAUUUAACGCAGAAAUUGGUAAGCUCCCGCACAAGUACAAAUUGGUAAUCGCUGGAAAUCAUGAACUGGGAUUUGAAGACGGUGAAGAAAUGAACGACAAACAAUUAGCCGGCCUGAACAUGCUUGGCAUCAACAAAGCAUACGAGUUGCUCAGCAACUGUACCUACCUAUGCGACCGUGCCGUAGAGGUCUGCGGUUUCAUUUCUAAUUUUCGGGAACGAAAAAGCUAG